AUGUCUAUCCAACCAAGGGUCCCUAUACCUCAAGGAGGUGCAUCGCUCAUGCUGGCAUUUCAAAGCAAGCAGAAGAGUGUCAUUGUUAUUGGUGACAGCGCUGUUGCUGCCAGUAGAGUUUUAUCAUGCCUCGAAGCAGAUGCCAUUGUAUAUCUCGUUGCCAAUCCAAAGUUCAUGUGCUCAGAAUUGCAGUACAGAGUAGAACACCAGCAAGUUGAAUUGCUCGCCCACGAAUACAAUAUUAGCCUUUUGGACACACAUCGCUUUGAUUUGGGUUUCAUUUGCAACAUACCGUCUGAUACAACAGCUGAAUCCAUUGUACAGCAAUUCCGUCAACACCGCGUUCCAAUCAACAUUACAGAUCAUAGCGAUCUCUGCGAUUUCUUCAUGACCUCCAACUACCGAGAUCAAUCACUUCAAAUUGCAGUGUCGACCAACGGACAAGCAUCCAAAUUAUCCAGCCGUAUUCGUCGUCAUAUCACAUCAAGCCUGCCUCCUCAAUUGGGAGAUGCUAUCAACCGAGUAGGUGUAUUGCGCAAAAAGGUCCGUGCUUCUGAUCCUAGUUCUGCUGCUAGCAUCAGACGUAUGAAGUGGUUGGCUCAAAUUUGUGAAUAUUGGAGUAUGGAUCGUCUAGCUCAGCUGUCAGAUCAGGAUAUGGAAGAACUGUUGGAUUCAUACCACAACGAUGAAGGAUACGAAAGCUUGGAGGCCAAUUCAGCGACAAACUCACCCGCGGCUUCAUUAGACAAUUUUGGCCUUGUCAAGCCCUCUGUCCCUACAGGAAGCAUUGUGUUGGUUGGAUCUGGUACGGGUGACCCUGAAUUACUGACGUUGGCUGCUCAUAAGGCCAUCGAAGAGGCUGAUCUUGUGCUGGCUGAUAAGAUUGUGCCUGCUGAAGUGGUCGCUUUGGUCAAGUGUGAUUUGAAGAUUGCUCGCAAAUUCCCUGGAAACGCUGAUGCUGCUCAAGAAGAAUUCAACGAAAUGGCCUUGAAGGCAAUCAAACAAGGUAAAAAAGUGGUUCGUCUCAAACAGGGCGAUCCUUAUCUGUUUGGCCGUGGUGGUGAAGAGGUGUUGUUCUUCCGUAAGCACAGUAUCGUGCCUCGCGUCAUUCCUGGUAUAUCUUCCACAGUCGCUGCUGCUUUGUUGGCUGGUAUUCCUCUCACACAUCGUUCUGUUGCCUCCCAAUUCUUGGUGACGACUGGCACUGGUGCUCGUAACUCGUCUGCUCCCUUGCCUACAUUUGAUAAGCACCGCACAGAUGUAUUCUUGAUGGCUAUUCAUCGCUUGGAAGCUUUGGUUCAAGACUUGAUGACACAUCAGCAAUAUCCAGCCGAUAUUCCCUGUGCUAUUGUAGAGAGAGCAAGCUGCAAAGAUCAGCGUGUGAUUUGGGGUCAACUUUCCAACAUUGUGCAAGUCUUGGAGAGCUGUGGUGGCAGUCGUCCUCCUGGACUAUUGAUCGUUGGUCACGCUAUCAAUGUCCUGAAGCAUGAAAAUAAGGGUUUAGAAGGUGUUGCUGCCAAUUUGAUGACUGCAUCUGGUUUAGCUUCUGAUGUUGUCUAUGGUGAAAAGAUAACUCCUAGCCAAGAUGUUGAAAAGAAUGCCAAUCUCUUGGGUCUGCAUGAUCCAGAAAGCGUGUAUUAA